GAAGCUCUCUCCCUCUCCAGAAUGAGUGUGUGUGUCGACGUCCCCUCAUACCUGCGGCGGUGGCUGCUGACUGCUGUGUUUAUCUUGGCUGCUCUGCUACCAGGAUCCAGCGGCUGCCCCAAAUCGUGCGCGUGCUACGUUCCCACCGAAGUGCACUGUACCUUCAGAUAUCUGACCGCAAUACCAGGCCAGAUCCAGACGGCUGUGGAAAGAAUUAACCUAGGGUAUAACAGUAUAACCGUAUUGAGGGAGAAUGAUCUGUCUGGGUUGAAACACCUGGAGCUGCUGAUGCUCCACAGCAACACCAUCCACAGCAUCGCUGACAGGGCCUUUCAAGACCUCAAGUCCUUACAGGUCCUGAAGAUGAGCUACAACAGAGUGAAGGAGAUCAACAAGGACAUCUUCCAAGGCCUGGAGGGACUGGUACGACUCCACAUGGACCACAACCGCAUCGAGUUCAUCAACCCGGAGGCGUUCUACGGUCUGACCACGUUACAGCUGGUCCACCUGGAGGGCAACCUGCUCCAGCAGCUUCACCCGGAUACCUUCAUCACGCUGAGGCACAGCCAGGUGUUCAAGGUGUCCUCCGUUAGGAACAUCCACCUGUCUGACAACCUCCUCGCCAGCUUACCCAAAGAUGUCUUCACUGGCUGCUCUCAGCUGGAGAAUGUCUAUCUCCACGGCAACCCCUGGUCCUGCGACUGUCGCAUGGCUUGGUUCCCAGAGUGGGCGGAGAGAAAUUCAGCUGCGCUGAAAUGCAAGCGAGACAGGAAGUAUGCCAGAGGUCAGGCCUGUCCCGUCUGUGAGACCCCCGCUCCCUCUAGAGGCAAGAGCCUAACCCAGCUUCCCCGUGAUGCCUUCACCUGUACCAAGCCCUGGAUCCACCCCCAUCUGAAGCAGAGGAACGUCAGCCUGGACGAGGGGGAUUACACCCCUGUCUCCCCCCGGGACUUCAUAGCCCCAAUUGGAUCCCUGCAGAUGAAUCUAACAGCUCAGUUCCACAAUGACGCUAGCCUUACCUGCACAGUCCAGAGACCAUCAGCCAUGGAGAACCUGACUCUAACCCAGGUGGAGGAGGGGGAGAAGAACGUAACCAUGCUAUCCACCACCAUCUCUACAUGGCUGGUCUGUAAUAUUGACUAUGAGCACAUCCAACAGCUCUGGCGCAUCCUGGCUACGUACAGUGACGUUCCCAUGAGACUAGAGAGAGGGUUGAUGCUCUCUAGGACCCCAGACAUGAUCUACAAGUACACCCAGAUCAGACCAAAGGAGGGACGUGAUGAAAUCCACACAGACGUUGAGGCUGAGAUUAAGGCUUCACCUGCAUGGUUGAUGCAGGGAGAGGUCAACUUUCAGCUGGACCGCACUACAACCACAUUCUCCACAUUGCACAUUAAGUACAGGUCAGUGGUCAACCUGCGUGUGGAGAACAAGGUGUCGCAGAGGAGGGACCGUUACAGCUGGACCAUCAUCAAACGAGACAACCAGACCCAGACUGAGCACUCUGUCCUCAUAGGUGGGGUGGUGGAGCUCAACUGCAAGACCUUUGGGGAACCAAAACCCUCUGUAGAGUGGAUCUUAUCGGACGGCAGUAAGGUGCGAGCACCCUACUCCAGCGAAGAUCGCAGGAUAGUGAUCACCGCUGAUGGCAGGCUGACCCUGAGAGGAACAGACACCUCAGACACUGGGCUUUAUCGCUGCAUCGCCACUAACUACCUGGACGCAGACGUGCUCAGCUUCCGCGUCACCGUGCUGUCUCCUGAUGUGGAGGAAGUGGAGGUCAACGGGGUCAAGCUCUCACGGCCUCUGGGCCACAGCCUGGUUCUAGACUGUGGGUCCGCAGGCAGCCCUGAUGCCUCGGUCCAGUGGAUUCUACCUGACCACACAGUGCUGGAUAAAUCCUAUGGGAACAGGAAGCUCUAUAGGAACGGGACUCUAGGAAUUAAAGAUCUGACCUCCAGAGACCGGGGGUUUUACAGGUGUCUCAGUGCUAACUACCUGGGGGUGGACCUGUUGACGUCCCAAGUGACAGUCACUGGGGAGGGGUCCAGAAAGGUGACAGUGGUGGAUAGAGAGGGGUCAGGGGCAGAGGCUGGGGUUGAGGUUACCGGGGCCAUAGAGGAGAGGGAGUAUUCCCACAGUGAGGUCCUUUCCUCCAGCCCCUCUGACAGAACCAUCCAGGAGUCCAGGACCAUCACAUUAGACAGGCCCUACCCCAGACUCAGGUCUUCCUCUCAGGGCAGAGGAUCAGGGGGCUCUUGGGGGAGAAGGAGGAGCCCAGCCAGCAGUAGACGCAUAUGGAGCAACAGGAGGGUAUUUGAUGAAGCCUCCAGGAAAGUAAACCCCCAGAGAUUUGCAGAGUUCAUGAAGAAGGCCCAAGGUGGUUUAACAACAAAGACAAAGAGUGUGAAAGAAAAAGGAGAUUCAGAGCCUGACAUGUCUGGGGAUGGGGAUGCUGGAUCUGGGGAGGGUCUGUCUCAUGAAGACAGACUCAUUGUUUUACCAACCAGCGUCAUGCCAACCACAGAUACUCCAGAUGAAAGUAUGAUGGGUGUAACUGCAAGCAUAGAGAAUUUAAAAAAUCAGAGUAAUGUCAUGGCAACCACCGACAACAGUGAAACCAGUGUCAUGACAACCAUGGAGAUCCCAGAUGACAGUCGGACUAGUUUCACUGUAACAACAGAAAAUACUGACAGAGUUACAGCAGUGACGACAGAUUCAUACACCCGGUCAGAUGCCACACCCAUCGAGUCCACAUUCACCCACAGCAGCCACAGCACAGGGAGUAUCAAUGAAACUCAGGGUGAGGCCGUCUUUCAAUACAGCCACAGAAAUAGUGGGUCUAGUGGUGAGUCGUACUCUUUGGAGAGGAACACGACAGUACCUCUGAGACAACCCGUCACGCUCCUCCUCGCCGUGACCAACACCACAGACGAGACCCAGAUCCUGUUCUCCAAAGAAACACCUGCAGAACCAGAUACCUCCACCGAGGCGGCGCUAUCGCUCCUCACCGAUCCCAAUGUCACCCUCGUGAUGGACAGUCCCAGAUCACCCCACAAAGAGCCUGAGAUCCACACAGCCACUGACCCAGACAGCCAGAUCACCUUCACUGCAGUCACCACCACAGAGACAGAGCAGGAUGAGAUCACCGUCCACACCACCCAGAGGAUCAAGUCCCCCCGUCUGCCUGCAGGCUCCACCAUCAUCUCCCGCCAGCAGAUCCACAUCAUCCCUCCUAUGAAGGGCCGAGGAGGAGGAGGAGGAGGAGGAGGAGGAAGAGGAGGGGGCCGGAGGAGGAACUUCCCUGGCAGGAGGAGGUUCAUCAAGCCCAACCGGAUCACAGACAUCCAGUCCAUCCUGAACAAACUCAAACAGCCCACCACGGUGAAGAAGCAAGGCAACAGCACAGUUCCCUACACUAUGGAGCUGACCACAGAUUGUGACUGUGAUGAAGAUGAGAAGAAGACAGGUGGUCAGCGGGUAGUCACACCAACAACAUCGCCUAAAACACCUGAGGCCUCGACCACACCCCAGCCUGGCACUAGCCGUGGAACUACAACCCCAGCCUAUGACUACAGGUCCUCCCCCACCACAGAGUCUUCCCCAGACACCCAGGCCAUCGCCUCCCCACCUGCCCCAAGAGAAGACACAGAUGAGGCCUCGUCCUCUGUGUCUGAAUCCGGAGGGUCAGUGGGGUACCUAUCGCGUAGAUUUGGAGGAAACCGGAGACCAAAUGGAGGGUCAGUGGGGUACCUAUCCCGUAGAUUUGGGGGAAACCGGAGACCAAAUGGAGGGUUAGGGGGCAGGAGGCCUUUCAGGGGCAGGAGGCCUUUAAAAAAAAACAUAACAGCCCCCAGCACCACCAUAGAAUCAACAGAGCCUUCAACCACUAUGGAAACCACCAUGGAGACCACCACAUAUCCCAUAGAAACCACCAUGGAAACCACCAUGGAGACCACCAUGGAAACCACCAUGGAGACCACCACAUAUCCCAUAGAAACCACCAUGGAAACCACCAUGGAGACCACCACAUAUCCCAUAGAAACCACCAUGGAGACCACCAUGGAGACCACCACAUAUCCCAUAGAAACCACUAUGGAAACCACCGUGGAGACCACCACAUAUCCCAUAGAAACCACCAUGGAAACCACCAUGGAGACCACCACAUAUCCCAUAGAAACCACUAUGGAAACCACCAUGGAGACCACCACAUAUCCCAUAGAAACCACCAUGGAGACCACCAUGGAGACCACCACAUAUCCCAUAGAAACCACCAUGGAAACCACCAUGGAGACCACCACAUAUCCCAUAGAAACCACUAUGGAAACCACCGUGGAGACCACCAUGGAGACCACCACAUAUCCCAUAGAAACCACCAUGGAGACCACCAUGGAGACCACCACAUAUCCCACAGAAACCACCAUGGAGACCACCAUGGAGACCACCACAUAUCCCACAGAAACCACCAUGGAGACCACCGUGGAGACCACCACAUAUCCCACACAUACCGUCUCCGUCUCCAAGCCCCUGUACACGCCGUCCAGAGAAUCAGAUAGGUCUGCAGUGACUGUGUCCACUGACACGACCUCUAAGGGGAAAACCACCACAGACUCCGACUCGUACGAUAAUGAGAACUGGACAGAUGAGAUGAAGUCCUCUACUAACCAUCCACGAGCCUACACUUCCAUCACCAGGCCCAGAAUGACCUCUACCACAACUUAUCCAACCACCACCUCAAGGCCUUACACUACAUCAUCAACCCGCGUCCAGACUAACACCGACCCCAUCAGAGUGAACACUAACAUCAGGCGCCCGUCAGGGAGAGACAGUCGUUACCAGAUCACACAGAGACCCAUGAUCAGGAGAACCAGGCCCAAGGUGUCCAGUAACAGGGCCAGCAGAGGCCCAGACAAGACCCUGACCUUUGACACACUGACUAUUCUGGAAGCAGAGCAGGGGCACGCCAAAGCCCCCUACAACAGCAAGGACAUAGACGAUGCCAUCUCCAACGCCUAUACCCACAUCACCGGCUAUGAUACGACAACGGCUAAGAUUGUGGGCUUUGAGCGGUCCACCAAGGACAUGCUCACCAAGCCCAGGAUCGUGGGAGGCAACGCUGCCAGCUUCACUGUCCUGUCCAACUCAGACGCCUUCCUGCCCUGUGAGGCCGUGGGCAGUCCUGAACCCACCAUCAGCUGGAAACGCUUCUCUUCAAGCACUGGAAGCACAAUAACCAUCAACAGCAAGAUGGGCAAGUUUGAGGUGUUCCCGAACGGCACUCUGUCCAUCCAGAACGCCAACAUCAAAGACCGUGGCCAGUACCUCUGCCUGGCUGAGAACGAGCAGGGGUCGGACAAGCUCCUGGUCACCCUGUCCGUGGUGGCCUACCCCUCACGCAUCCUGGAGCCCAAGGUACGGGAGAUCAAGUCCCACUCAGGGAAGACAGUGGAGAUGAAGUGCAAGGCAGAGGGUCGCCCCACCCCUCUGGUCUCCUGGAUCCUGGCCAACCUCACCCAAGUCAGGGGCCACAACUCGGGCUCCAGAGUGUCAGUGACCCCAGAGGGCACUCUGCUCAUCAAGCAGGUGUCUGUGUAUGACCGGGGCCACUACAAGUGCAUCGCCAGUAACCCAGCAGGAGCUGACACUGCCACUGUCAGACUGCAGGUGGUGGCAGCACCUCCUGGCAUCCUGGAGGCCAAACGACAGCAGGUCCAGGCCGGUGUGGGUCAGAGCCUGUGGUUACCCUGUACCGCUCAGGGCAGCCCCCAGCCCACCGUGUACUGGGUCCUCUAUGAUGGGAUGGCGGUGCUGCCCCUGAAGCCCUCUGUGGACCCCAGGGUGUCUGUGUUCGCCAACGGGACGCUCCACCUGACCGAUACGGCCGCCACGGACAGUGGGAAGUACGAGUGCAUCGUCACCAGCUCUACAGGGUCGGAGCGCAGGGUGGUGACGCUGACGGUGGAGAAGAAGGAGAUGGCUCCUGAGAUCGUGGAGGCAUCACACCGCAGGACAGAGCUGGCGUAUGGGGACCAGCUGAGGCUGAACUGCUCGGCCACCGGGGACCCCAAACCCAGGAUCAUCUGGAGACUGCCGUCCAAGGCUGUGGUGGACCAGUGGCACAGGAUGGGAAACCGGAUCCAGGUCCUGGACAACGGCACCCUGGUCAUAGACUCUGUGAGUGACAAGGAUGCUGGGGACUACCUGUGUGUGGCGCGCAGCAAGGUGGGAGACGACCUCCAGCUCAUGAAGGUCACUGUGUCCAUGAAGCCGGCCAAGAUCGAUCCCAAGAUGUACGGAAAGAAGCAGGUCCCCUACGGCAACGACCUGAAGGUGGACUGUAAGGCAUCUGGAACCCCGGAGCCAGAGAUCUCCUGGGGCCUGCCGGACGGCACCAUGGUCAACAGCGCCCUGCAGGCAGACAGCAGUAGUGGAGGGGGACGCGCACGGCGAUACAUCCUGUUUGAAAAUGGCACGCUCUAUCUUAAUCAGGUGGGCAUGGCGGAGGAGGGAGACUACACGUGCUACGCCGAGAACCAGCUGGGCAAGGACGAGAUGCACGUCCACAUCACCGUGGUGACGGCAGCGCCACGAAUACGGACGCCCAGCCGGACCUACGCCCAGGUGAAGCCUGGUGGCACAAUCCGCUUUGACUGCGAAGCCACGGGCGAGCCCAAGCCCAAAAUCCUGUGGAUGCUCCCUACUAACGACAUGAUCGCAGCCUCCAACGAACGCUAUCUGAUGCACGUCAACGGCUCCCUGGACAUCCAGGAUGUUAAGCUGGUGGAUGCUGGGGAGUACGUGUGCAUGGCUCGUAACACCGCCGGGGAUGACAGCAAAGUUUACAAGAUGGAUAUCGAUGGCAACCCUCCGGUGAUCAAUGGCAACUCCCAGAACAGGAUCGUGGUGAAAGACACUGCCACCAAAUACUCCAGGAAGUUCAUAGACUGCAAGGCCACUGGAGACCCGCUUCCCAAGAUUACCUGGAUCAUGCCAGAUAACAUCUUCCUGAACGCUCCGUACUUCGGCAGCAGGAUCAACGUCCAUCACAAUGGAACGCUCGAGUUCCGGAACGUCCGGCCGACAGACAUGGCGGAGUUCAUCUGCAUGGCGAGGAACGACGGAGGAGAAGCAGUGAUGGUGGUGCAGCUGGAGGUCACUGACAUGCUCCGAAGGCCUAUCUUCAAGAACCCCUUCAACGAGAGAGUAAUGACCCGUAUGGGGAAGACCACGGUCCUGAACUGUUCUGCCGAUGGUCACCCAACACCAGAGAUCAUCUGGCUGCUACCCAACGGAACCCGCUUCAUCGGGGGCCCCAACCGGGGCUCACGCCAACACCUAGGCAACGACGGAACCUUCGUCAUCUACAACCCCAGCAAGGAGGAUGCUGGGAAGUACCGCUGUGCCGCUAAGAACUCGGUGGGCUACAUUGAGAAGCUGAUAGUUCUGGAGGUGGGCCAGAAGCCUUUAAUCCUCACCAGGCCCAGAGGGAUCAUACGCAGUGUGUCUGGUGACCCUCUGUUCCUUCACUGCCUGGCUGAUGGUAGCCCCAGACCCAGGAUUUACUGGACCAUCCCUGGGGGCCACACCCUGACCAGGCCGCAGGUCCAUGGACGCCACCAGUUGAUGGAGAAUGGGACCCUGGUGGUCAAGGACACAACCCUCCAUGACCGGGGAAACUAUGUUUGUCGGGCGCGGAACGACGCUGGCGAGGCGGUUCUCACAGUGUCAGUCAUCAUCAUCGCCUACCCUCCCCGCAUCUCCACGGGACCCCCUCUCACCGUGACAGCGAUGGCGACGGCGCCCAUACAGCUCAACUGUGCUGCCAUCGGGAUCCCAAAGCCAGAGAUUACCUGGGAGCUGCCUGACCGCUCUGUGCUCUCCACGGCGGGGAAAGGGCGGCCCACGGGCAGCGAGCUGCUCCACCCUCAGGGCACGCUGAUCAUCCAGAGACCCACUACAGCAGAUUCUGGCACCUACAAGUGCCUGGCCAAAAACCACCUGGGCACAGACUCACGGGUCACAUAUGUACGUGUGCUGUGAGCACCAGCGCUGACUAAAGGGGAAUAUAAAACCCCUGGACAAUAAACUCUAAACGGACACAGUAACUUCACAGUGCGUCUUAUGAUGUACAAUGUCAGGAAAGACUAUUUUCCCCAUGUGGACUUGUGAGGAGCCGGGUUUGUGGAAUAGUUUGAUCACGGUACAGCUCACAUCAAUCAACCAAGUAGCAGAACAGGAUUAUUAAGAGAAGGAGGAGGGAACAGAGGAGGAAGCGAGGGAAAAAAGAGAAGCUGUACAGAGGAGGGUCUGUUCUUUGCCAGGAAAGUCGUUGACUAGCGAAGGUGUUAUUCUUAUUAUAACAGAGUCAGAGGAAACCGUGGAAACCCACGGCUGGUUCUCAUUUGAGGUGUUUUUAAAAAGGGGCUAGAGGGUGGGUCUUACAAUGAGGCUACGUGUUGAGUGUUUUGACCAGACACUUUACUAUUACACUUUACUAUAAGAGAGGAAGAGAGAAACUCACUAUAUUCCCUCUGGACACUUCAUCAAUGUUUUAUUUGUUGGGGUGUUUGUAAUGACUGAUUUGCUGCAAUGACAGAAACAUUCUAUUAUCAGAAUGCUUCUAACUAUUUUGCUUUUCAAGACACAUUUCAUAUUUCUUGUGAACAAAUCUUUUAUAAACAGGCAGUAUAUUUUAAUGAAAUCUGCCAAAUAUACAUUUUUAAUAUACAUUUUACACUGGAUUGUCAUGCAGUUUUUCAAAACAAAUGUCUCACAUUUCUAACUGUUUAUAUUUUUUAAUUAGCCUUGUUAGUUUGUCAUGUUGUUGUCUAUCUUCCCCCGUCUCAUGGUUUGACAGUUUUUUUUAGUAUCAAUAAAAUUGCAGGAGUUUGGUCGGUGUUAAUAGCGACUUUUAUGGAGGUGAAAUGAUCACCUACACAGUAUUCAGUGGCAUCGUAUGAACUGUCACUAAAAGUAAAUGCAUUGUUGGUUUUAUGUAAUAAUAUUCCUUUUGUAACUAUUAUCUACUUUGUGAAUCAAUAGUACGCGGGAGAUGAAAUUAAACCAAAGAUGGAAUGUG